AUGGACCACUCGGCCACUUUUGCUCAUCACCUCCAAUUCCAACACCAACACCAACACCAAAACCAAAAUCAACACCAGUCUACUUCUUUCGACGCCGAAAAAGUUGACUAUGGCUUCGACUCUUUACUCGGUCACGACGCUUGUCUGACACACGGGCUCGAUUCCCUCGGCACAUGUAACAAUACCGAGAACGCCUGUCUCGACCAGCGCUGUUUUGACCACUACGGCAAGACUGCCGCCGCAAAGACCGCGCUCGAGAUUGGCCUCGAGCGCAACCACAGCGAUAACAAAGUUUCUCAUCGAAAUGACCCAGCCAUGAACACCCGCUCUGCGAAACUAAAGACUCGAUCCCAAUCGAAUGCCUCCAGUUCCUCUCCAAAGAUGAUGUCUCCAGCUGCAACUAAAGCCUCAGCGCACAGGCAAAAGCGAAGGAGACAGUCAGAGCAGAUACAGCUGCACCAGCAACUGCAUCACCGGCUAGAUUACCAGCCAUCCAACCUCCAUCAUAUGCAUUCACCCAACAUGUUCCAACAAAAUCAGAAUCUCCAGCACGUUGAGCCCACGGCGGUCCUUCAGACUGUUAACGAGAGUCUGCAACACAACUUCCACAUGCCCUUGUUAGAUGGCCAUCAUCCACAAUUUGGCAACUUUCAACAACACAACCAAGUGUUCUCGAUGCCUAGUCUCUAUGAACGUUGGCCCCAGGCUCUUGCGCCGUCUUGGGCAAACAUGAUGGGCCAAAGUACCGUCACUAAUUGUAUGCCCAUGUCGUGGCCAACACACAUGGGUUGCAAUGAUGCUGCUUCAGCCGAUUGCACUUCUGCGUGUGGUGAUACCAAAUGCUGGAGUGAAUGCAGCGACGCAGACGAUGCAGAUUGCUGUUUCGACACCUCUUGUGCCGAGAUCGACCUUUCUCAUGCCGCAUGCUGUUUCGAGCCCACUUGCGUCGAACUUGAGCCAUGUGUCAAUGCUGCAUGUCAAGAAGCCGCAAUUCCCUGCAACGACUCACAUUGCGUGGGAACCACCGUUUCAACCACCCCGGCCUCGGUCUCAGUCACAACACCCUCGGCCGAGCCCGAGCCCAUAGUCAACACCAUUCUCAGUCCGGUCGAACCAGGCCGAGGCGGCCCCCUUGACGUCGGUUCCGUAGUCAGCCAUGAUUUUGGAGAUUUUGCCCACGAUCUCGGUCAUGGUUUCCCCGAAGGUCUUGGUGAACAUGACGGCAACUUUAUGACUCGUCACGGUGGUUUGGGAUUGAACCAGGAUGGCGGGUUUUCCAUAUCCUCCCUUUCUCCUACCCCAAAGAUUGAAAUGGCUGAGACUCAAUCCAUAAAAGGAGAGCCAGAUUUCACUUGCCAGUGGCUUUGCGAAGACGGUGUUCUCUGUUCCAAAAAGUUUGGAGGCAACAAGGAACUCCAGGACCACUGCAAGAACGAGCAUGUCAAGAACCUGAACAAGGGCGAAAAUGGGUUUUGCUGCACAUGGUACGGUUGUACACGGCCUGGCCCGUUUUCUCAGAAAAGCAAACUCGAGCGACAUAUGCAGACGCAUACCGGAUCCAUGCAUAUGCGUACACACACGGGCGAGAAGCCGCUACAAUGCGAAAUAUGCGGGAAACGAUUUGGCGAAUCUUCCAAUCUAUCCAAGCAUCGCCGCACCCACAAUGUCCGUGGUAACCAUGUCUGUGAACACUGUGGCAAAGAUUUUCAUCGGCUCGACCAGCUUCGUCGACAUAUGCAGACCCAUCUUCCGGAUGGCAGUCGCAAGAGCAGCAAGAGUUCUUGA